AUUCACUUUUUUCUAUUGGGUUUCGCGUUAGCCAAUCAAAUAACAGAUAUCAACCAUAGACUACAAAUCUCCACCUCCAGAAGAAUAGAAUUUUUUUUUCUUUUUUUUUUUUUUUUUUUUUUUGGUGUCGGGUUGGAAAGUCCUCAUGGGGACCCACCGCCCUUGGGGAAGAGCGAAGGGUACUGUCAGACUCAUACUGACUAAAAACCAACCCGUUGUUCCUCCACUUAGCCAUGUGUCGGAGGGGCGGGUAUUGCCGAAGCAUUUUUCGCAUCCCCCCGACGGGUAAAGGCCCGCCAGAUGGUUAGGCGGGCCCCGUCACCCCGACCGCAGGACUCCACUAUGAGGCGCGCGCGGAACACGGCGCCGCCGCCUCGAGGCCUGCUGCUGGUCAGACGACAAGACGCCCCGAGUCUGUCGUCCGCAGGCCGCACCCUACUGUGGCCGCAGGUCGGCCAACCUACGACGUCUAGUGCAUCUGCUGCGGGAGGGGAGAGAGGAGGCAGCCUCUCUCUCCCUUUCCGCCGCAUCAAGGCCUCGCAGAAGGUAGCGACGGCACUCCACCCUGAAUCGCUCCCGACCAUAGUAGACACCGGACAGCCGGAAGCGAGAGAUUUCCCACAGCACCUACGGCCGCGACCAGGUCACGGCGCUGCUCGGACCAAGCUGGGCACUCCACCAAGAUAUGCAGCGCCGUAUCAUCGCGGCAAACAACACAAUGGUGGCACUGAGACGUUGGCUCCCGACCUAUGCGACACAGGUACUUCCCGAAACACCUGUGUCCGGUAAGCACCUGCGUCAGCCGGAAACUGAGGGCGCCGUGGCUCCUAUUGAGCCACUCCUCUAAAACGGG